UACAACCCUGCCCCUUUCUCUCCUUUUAAUUUUCCCUUUUCGAAAGUGACUUUCUUUUUGCCAAAAAAUAAAAAAAACUUUGAACCAAUAUUGGGAUAGAAACUUCUAGGACUUGCAGACCAAGCUCGAACAACUAGACAGCAAUCUCGUGGAAAUGGAUUCCUACAUAACUGAGAUUUGUAGGGUUAUAGCAGCUGAAUUGGAGGAAGAGCGCCGAAUCCUUUACGGCCAGGACUUUGAGGAGCAUCCGACUGCAAGUGCAACUGAAGACGAUGACCGACCUGAAAAUGAAGAAGCUUCUAGUAUAGGGCAGCUGAGAAGCCGCGGUUUCAUUUAUAGUUUACCAGUUGAAUCUGGGGAGAACCGAGAGGCAGAUGACGAAGGUGUCACACUAGUGUUAAGGGCAUCUCAGAAUUUGACUAUAAGUUCCGAGGAAGACCAAGAAAAAGUUCCAAUGAACGCAGUGCCCAAGGAGCAAGUGGGCCUAAGUUUACCAGACCCACCAGCUGGAACUGGGACAUAGAUCUAUGUAUAUCACUAAAAGCAGGUUUUCUUCGAAAUUUAACUAAAACCAACCUUCCAAUAAGUCUGGUCGAAUCACUCUAAAACUUGAAUUUCUAUUACCAUUAUGAAUAAAACCAAUUCUUUUAACAUCUUUA